UAAACAUCCGGUCUUGACGUCACUACGCAUGCGCAUUAAAAGCACAAUGUUGUAAUGUAAUCCUUCUUGAUAAAGAUUUGUUUUCCUGGUCAAAGACGAGAAAGACAAUGCCGUUUUUCAACAGCGCAACACCUUUCGACGCUGAUGUCGAAAAGGUGACAAAUGAGAUGAACACAGCGGAGGACUGGAGCCUCAUACUAGAUAUCUGUGAAAAAGUCUCAAGACAACCAAAUGGGGCCAAGGACUGUCUGAAGUCCAUUGUAAAACGACUGAACCACAAAGUCCCUUUUGUUUCAAUGCAGGCUCUGACGUUGCUUGAUGCGUGUGUUAACAACUGUGGCCGUCUGUUCCACUUAGAGAUCUGCUCCAGAGACUUUGUGUCUGAAUGUCGGACUUUGAUAUCACAGAAGGCUCAUCCCAAAGUGGCUCAGAGAUUAGGAUUAAUAAUCAAACAGUGGGCGGAGAUGAAAGAGUUCAAGGAUGAUGCAGCGCUUAACUUAAUUCCAUCCUUUUAUGACAGUUUGAAAAAAGAAGGUUUUGAUUUUGUGGAUUCAGAAGUGAAACCAGCUUCCAGCUCAUCUUCCUCUACACAAGCUCGGAAGGAAGAAGACGACUUAGCUAAAGCAAUUGCGUUAUCGCUGCAAGACUCGGAGAGCAAGACGUCCAGCAAGAGUUCGUCGGGGGGUGGGGGGAGCAGCAGUCUAUACCCGUCGUACAACACAGGGAUGUCCUCGCAGGCCUCGGCCAAACCCAUGCAGAAGGAAAUAAGAAAGGUUCGUGCUCUCUAUGACUUUGAAGCAGCUGAAGACAAUGAACUGACUUUCAAGGCAGGAGAGUUGAUUUGUGUAUUAGAUGACAGCGAUCCAAACUGGUGGAAGGGCUCCAACCACAGAGGAGAAGGCUUGUUCCCCGCUAAUUUCGUCACUAGUGACCUGUCUGUCGACCCGGAGCCUGAAGUGAAAGUGGAGAAGAAGUCUGUCCAGUUUAGUGAAGAGGUUCAGGUGAAGACAGUCACCUUGCCGCCGGGUGAAGAGGAAAUUGACGAGAGUAAAAUUGACGAGGUGCUUGCGCUGAUCCAGAACGCUGACCCGACUGGAGAGACUCAGCCGGACAGUCAACAAAUGCUGGUGCUGGAAGAACAAUGCAAAGCCAUGGGACCCUUGAUAGACGCUGAGCUUGAAAAAGUAGACAGGAAACACGCUAACCUGGUGGAGCUGAACAAGAAAGUGAUGGAAGCGCUGCAGAUGUACCACUCACUGAUGCGGGAGACCCCGGCCUACGGCUACCCGGGCCUCAAGACCCAGCAGCCAUCGGCCGCCGCCAUCGCCCUGGGCAUGUACACGCCGCCUGUCAUGCCACAGGGACCCCCGCCGGGAGCCGCUGCCGCUAACGCUGCCAUGGGACAGCCCGCACAGGUGUACGGAGGCCAGCCCCAGUACAUGGUGCCAGGCGCCCUGGGCCAACCUCAGCCGGCCAUGGUGGGGGCCAUGAGUGCCGCGCCCACACAGUCGUACACACAGACACAAGCCACACCCUCCAGUCAGCAGUCUUUCCCGCCGCAGCCCAGUGCAGCUCCCAUGUCCUCUUACGCGGCUCACGGCUCCAUUGGCCAGAUACCACCCCCCAUGCAGCAGCAGCAGCCCCCCGUGGCCAACGGCGCCCCCACGCUACAGGCCCCUCCUCAAAUACAACAACAACAGUACAGCGCCACGGUGGCCCCGAGCUUCAGCCAGAGCCCGCCCACCAACAUGGCGAUGUACCACCCACCCCCUCCCCAGCAGCCCCUGCUUUAAUCUCUGGUGUACAUGUACAUGAUGAUCAAGUAUUCUUAUUGCCCCGGAAUUUUGGGAUGAUAUAGCGCACCCUGCUGGCGACUGUGGUGUCAUGAUUAGGCUCCUCUUUGUGGUGCUUUUCGAAGAUGCAAAUUUGAUUUCUGCAGAAGGACAAUUUUUUAACGAGGUUUUUUUUGUUUGUUUGGGAUUUUUUUUUUUCAAAUAAAAAAAAAACUAAUAAAAAAAAAAAAGAAUCUGUUCUCUUUCUGCUUGGUUUCUGUGUCCCAAACAACUGUGGCUGACUCUGAUGGGCAGGGUUGAUUGAAACUGCUCACAUCAUAAACAAUCGAAACUGCCAUGUUGGUGGAAAAUAUUGAUUUACAAUCAUUUUUAAAUGCACCCUGUGGGUUUUUAGAAUAUGCUUGAGUGGGAUUCUUUUUCCUUGUAAUUUGUUGUCGUGACGGGGGUGGAUGAGGUUACAUUCGUUGACUUUUGACAGCGUCCCCAAAGGCUUAUUGAUUUUAAUUUGCUUUUGAAUAAAAGCCCCACAUAAUUUGGCGGUGGGGGUUUAGACAUGGCGCUACCUCAUUGUAUAGGGCAACGUGGGGGGGGGGGGGGUAUAACGCAUGUGCUUUAUCAUCCCAAAAUUUCUGGAAAUUCUAUUUUAACCCUGACUUGACUAAAGGUUUUGUACCUGCUGCCAGAAAAAACAAAGGCGGGUGAGAACAGAUUAGUCAGGCAAGGGUUACGGUUAACACAGUGUACUAUAUUAAUUUGUAUUGCCGUCUUUCUGACCAUAGUUUUUUUUUUUUCCGCCUGCCCCCUUGUCUUUUAAAACGUGGGCUGUUGUGAAUAAGUAUGGGCCCAUUUGUAGUGAAAGUAAAGCCAUUUAUAUUUCAAAAGGAUGACUUUGUCUAUGUGGAGCGACUGCCAGAUUUCAUGAUCAAAGAGUUUCUGUUUAUGAUGUUGUGACGUUUUGUAUUUGUCUUGUAUUGUUUUGUGUUUUUUUUUGGGUAAUAAAUUCCAUUUUGCUUAAUGUGUUCUCAAAUUUAAGUAGUUUCUCUAGCUGGGGGGGGGGGGGGGGGGGGUGCAACUCCUUCCUGCAAUGUGAUAUGAGAACCUCUCGGCUCAGGAGUGCCGGAGUUCAAGUGCAUCUUUCAUUAUUAUCGCAUAAUUGUUAAGGUUGUUUUUUUUUUUCAAGCUCUCUCAUUUCCUUUAGUUUCUGUCUACUCAACUCUUACUGUCCCAGUCGCAUAUAUUUCCCCCAGGCCGCGUCGCGUUUGCUUUUUCCCCUCGCUGGACACCUCAAACCCAGUUGGACAUUUUUACCUAGAAUGUUGUCUCUGAAAAAUGUACUUUUCGUUAUUUUCUUAUACUUCGAAGGCAGUGCAAGCAUUUUUUUAAAAGGUCAGCAAAAAAUUGAAUGAAACGGUCAGUAUUAAUAACAAUGAAUAAUAUAAAUUGCAAUUGUAUAGCGCAUAUCCCCGCUCGACAGCAAGCUCUAUGCGCUUUACACACUCUAUUGGCUGGGCUUGUGGAGUCAAAGUCUCUAGCAUUAUCUAGGCAAAAGGGAGGCGAGGGCUAAAAAUAUCCCCGUUGCUGUAAGGGUUAAUAGUUAAUCUGCAAAAAGCAAGAAAACUUGAAGAAUAUUCUCACUUUUUGAAAUCCUACUGUGGUAUCGUGAGAUGUGCUGGCCUUCUUAUAUGCAGUGCUUCCAGUCUUCCAUUUAUUCUUACAGAAAUCCAUACUUUCUGAAAGUUCAGUUCUUGCCCGCCUCAUCAUUAUCAACUUUAUCUAUAAUAAGUGGGAUAGUGAAUGGCUACUUAAAUUCGAUAGCAAAGAUCAUUUUCAGCAAUUACUUAUAGACCUGCUAGAUUGUGCAUUUCCUGCACUCGGCCAUUAUCCUUUUGUACUUCCAUUGUGGAUUCUGUCCGUAAUAUGUCUUCACGUGCAAUCAGUUAAAAUCCGAUUUGUCAUUACAGCAAAAUUUUGGUGCCAAUUGCCUCCUUUAUUUAAUUCACUCAUUCUUUUUGUCCGUUUAGGCUAAAAAAUCCUCGUCUAUCAAAAAAAUUGAAUUGUGAUUUUAGGAAGAAAACUUAUCUAACAGAGUGAAACUUUUUUUUCAAAUACGUCAAGGUGUAGAUAAAUUGCCAGAAUGAGGAUACUAUGAGAGCAUGAUGAAGGCCACAGCGGAAAAAAUUGCUGCUCAAACUAAAAUUAGGAAUAUUUGGAAAUGGUGCCAUGAAGUUGUGACAUUCAAAUGCAAAAAUGUAGGAAAAUUAGUGUACAUGCUGAGUGACUGUAUGAUGAAGAAGGAUGUUCCAUGAUGUGCAUUCUGUCAACGGUGGGAUGACAAAUUAAAUUACAGUGACAGUGACAAGGGAAAAUCAUGUAGAUGAAGAAAUCAAACAGAAAAAAUUUGCGGCGAAAAAAUUGAUGUUAUGGGUUGUUGGCAAUCUUUUCCUUACUCCCUUAUGCCAUUUUUGACCCCCUAUAAGCACUAAAUUUCAAAUUCUUACUUUUCUGCUUUGUUGGAAGCACUGGAUACGUCAGAUUCCUUCUUUAUUUUGUUCCUAGGGGGUGGAUUCACAUCAGAACUGACACCAACCGGAAUAAAGCUUGAGCCUCGAAGCACUGCGCGGUGUAAAUGUGAUCAUGUAUAGGACAAAUUUUUUUGCUCUCUUGUCUUCAAAGUGAGGGCUUUGGCUGGAUGUGUUUAGUUUAAAUGGUGAAGACUUUCCGUUUCUAAAUUUUUUUCUUCUUUCUUUUUUUAAACUUUCUUUCUACUUUUGUAUCUUUUGCUUCCUCAUUUAUACAUAUUCAUUUCGCAGACGCAAAAGUUAAACCGUUAAACAAGCUUUUUUUAUUGUGCCAAACAUGAUUUAGUGUGUCAGUCUUGGCAAACGAGUGUGUUUGUGGUUUGAACCUGGUGGGCAGGUAGUGUGAUCCAGCUUCUUGUAAAAUUACAGCAACAUAAAGAAACAGACUUUGUGGCCUGUGUGAUAUGUUUUUCCUGCCUGUUCUUUAUUGUUAGGUCUGCAUCUAACAGUUUGUGCACCUAAUUAAAACAGUGUCUGCAAGAAUUAUUAAUUGUUUUGGGAAGAAACUGUUUCUGUAAACGAUAUUAGAGAUUGUCAUCUGUUUCUGUUCUGUUUGAAAACCUAUUGGCAAAAUCAAAAGUCACAUUGUAAAUUACAGACAGGUUUGUAGUGAUGUGGUUCAGCGGGAUAUUCAGAGAAACGUUCUAUUUACUUUUCUUCGUUCGUUCAGAAAAGUAUUAUUGAUAGGCAGAUUGUGUAUAUAUUUGGGUCAGCCCAAGAUGGACGUCGCUGUGAAAAUUUAGCUUUUUUUUUUACUAUGUGGUUACAUAUUGUGUAUGUAUGUGUGUGAGACAGGGAGAAAGAGAGAGGAAAAAAAUGCAGGAUUAUGCUGUUCCAAAAUAUUGUUGUUUUGGGAACGCCAGAUUUUGUUUAUUUGCCGCUCCCUCUUAUGCUUUGAACUGCGUACGUGAUCUUGGAAGUUCAGAAACAUCUGCGCUUUAAGGGCUGCACGCUCACCAGAUAUGGGUGUACCAAAAUAAGUGGGACACGUCAUAAUUCAUUGUCACGGCUUUCGAAAGUUGCGGGGUCGAGAAUUCAGUACCAAAACUAGUACACUUAUCACAUUCCACAUUGGCCGCUGUCAGCGCUUCGUGAGCCGCUGAUCAUUGUCUCAUUUUGUCUUCUUCAAUCUGUUUGUGUUUUAAGAAUUUGCCUCUGUCCCUUCUGAAAAAGAAAUAGCUUUUUCUCGUUUUUUGUUAUCCCAUUUAAUUUUCAGUUUGUGCAAUAAUACAUUUUGUCACGUGUAAUUGUUUCAUUUCUCUUAUGAGACGUUUGUGAUGUAAUAUUUCUGACCAUUGCAAUCACGACUUGCUCGUCAGUUUACUGGAAUUUGAAAAUCACAUGAUCACCAUUACCUGCUUUGUACGUGAGGGAAUGUAUGUUUUGAGACAUUUGCUGUUCUAUGCACUGGAUUGUUUUGUAUGUUAUUUGAUGGGACAGUUAGGAACCCUGUUGUUGCUCUGAUUCUGACGUGGGUGUUUGAUGCUCCGCAAACUAGGGUGCUGUCUGUUCUGUUCAAGGGGAUGUCUCACUUGUUGAGGGUUGCAAGAAGUCGUGUUUUGAGAGAGGAAGGAAGGCUUUAUUGUGUCUAUAUGAUGCUUGUCUUUUGUCACCUUGGGAGUGUUUGAAGGGAGUGUCUUCCUACUUGUCCUUUAGUUGUUUCUUUCUGUCUUUUCUUUAAAAAUGUUUGUUUUUGUCUAUAUUCCUGUUGUUAAAUAGGCUUUUACUGAGUUUGGGGCUUCUUUCUUACUCAAAUGAAUAUGAACUUUGUCAUCUGCUUAUAACGGGAAUUGGCAGGUGGUUAGCGGGUGCUCUGGUGUGGUUUGCUCCUUCUUUUCUAUGAAACAUCUAUCUUCCUUUGCUUCUUUUUUAAAAUGUUUAUUACUUUAAUGUAACACCUCUAAUUUUCGGCUCUUAUAUGAACUUAUUGUGUUGCAAGUGUUGUAAAAUUCUUACUAAUACAUUCUAAGGGAAACUCAUCUUUAUACUGUCUAGAUAAGUAAUUGAAGGGAUGGCUUGAUGAGCGUAAAGGUAUUUUAUGGCUUGUCUUUGUGGUCCAUUAGGAAAUGUACAUGUGGGGGGUUGGAAGGCACUACCGGGAGGUCCUAUUUCUUUACUUUUCCUUUGUUGUUUCUGUCUGUCUGUCUUACUUUUUCUCCACGCUAAAUGACCAUUGGUGUGUCGGUGUGCUUCUCUUUCCUCAAACAAACAAGAUGUACUUGUGGAAACUGUGUCCUUUUGUCCCAGGAUGCUAGUUUUGAAUAAGAGCAAAGCUAGAGGUGUGAACAUCUUAAUGUUCCUAUGAAUUUCAAAAACAUUUCUGUCCGAUGUUUUUGUAUGUCUUUCAGGAGGUCUGAUGUUUUUAAUGCUGUUGCUCUAGUCUAGAAAAGUAUUGGUUUGGGAAUGAUUUAAUUUGCCCACGGCCAGUGAUCUAGGCAUAAUUGUGUGUAUACAUCUUGCGCUCAAUACCAACCCCACCUCCCCCCGUCCGGUCACACACAUACACACUCGCACACACACACUGUCACAUGCAAAUGUAAAAACUCUGUGAGCUGGAUUUUCAUACCUCUGUGAUAUCUCUUCAUUCAUACUGAUUUGAGUAGUGAGUGAGACUUGCUGGAAAGAAUUAGUUUUUGAACUAAAAAGAAUUUUGGAACACCAGGAAACAUCUUCUAUCAUGUUCAAAUUUUUGGGGUCUUAGCUUUUUUCACGCUUCUCUGUUGUGAGUGUCUACCUGGGGAGUUUGCGGGCGGUUGGAGGACGCCUACUUCUUUACCCUUUUCAGUUGUUUCUGUCUGUCUGUCUUACUCAACCUCCAAAGUUCUAGCCCUUCAGCCUGUCGAUAAUUUACAAGUGAUUAAAGAAAUAAAAAUCAGUAAUGUAUGACCCAGCUGGAAGCAAUAAAAAAUAUAUGUCCAAUAUUAA